AAAAUAUUUAAAUAAAAAUAAAAAUCAAACGGAACUCAAAUUAAUAAUUAAUUGUUUUUUUAAUAUAAUACCUUUUUAUAAAUAUUUAUAAAUACCUAAAUUACCUCAGUUACUUGAAUAAACACUAUUUUUAAAAAUCCAGCAUCAUGGAAGCCAUAAAGGUUAAUUGUCUAUGUGAAAUUUGUACCUAUUGAUAUUUAAAUGUAAAAUUUUCUUUUAGGAGGCACCUAUUCCAGCAAUGGAUAGCUUAACUGCUGCCAUGAAGAGUAAUAUUGUUCCCAAUCAAGAAUAUCUGUUACAAGGUAGUGUUCUAGACUCAGCUGUUGAAGUGUUGCUGCACAGACUGCGAGGACUUUGUGACAAUGUUGAUUCCGGACCAGAGACAUUUCACGACCACGAAAUGUGUUUCAGCAUAAGUAAUAUUGUUCAUCACAUCAAAUUUAUUUUAAUUUAGGAAAUUUAGGAAUUAAAUAUUGUAAUAUGUAUUUAAAGCUAUUAUGAACUGUUUGUUCAUGUAACUAUCAAUAGUAAAAUAAAAUUCUAUGUUUAAAAAACAAAUAAAUCAGUUAUACUGUAACUUUAAUACUAUAUAUUCAUAGUUAUCUAAGUUUAAACAUUCUGUUUAAGGAAGUGCUACACCUCAGCCACUUACAUUGAGAGUAAGAAGAGCGAUCGAUUAUUUAGAUAUGCCUUACCAGCUGCGUUAUAUAGGACAACCUGAACUUGGUAAAAUCUAUGGAAUUGUUUAAAUUGUAAAUACUAAAUGUUUGUAUAUUUUCAGGAGAUAAAUCUAGACCUACAAUUGUGCGAAGCAGUAUUGAUGUAGCUACUACACCGACAAUUGUAGAUUUCCUCACAGAAAUGGGCUUCCGUAUGGACUUUGAAUACAUUUUACGAGGAUAUAUGUUCCGUAAAGGUAGAAUGAAGAUAACUGUAUCAAAAAUAUUUAAAGUUAGUGAUAUUUAAUAUAUUUUGAAUUUUUUAAGUUAAUUUUUACCAAUUUAUAUAAUUUCUAUACUUUCCUAUUAUUAUAGAUGAUGGUUGUUGGUAAACCUGCUCCAGAGAGUGUCGAUCCAAUAUCACAAUCCUAUCUUGUUGAAUUGAGUGUAUUGGCACCCAGUAAUCAAGAUGCAAUUGCUGAAGAUAUGCGUAUAUUUGCCGAACAAUUAAAACCAUUAGUGCAUUUAGAAAAAGUAGAUUAUAAACGAUUAACACAGCCACCAUUAUAGAAUAGCAAGAACCACUUUAAUUUUUUUAUUGUAAAUAAUUGUAUUAUUUUAUUCGAAGACUUAUUUAAUUCACAAGUAUACACAUUAUUAUACAUUCAUUGUUGUUGGAAAUUAUAAAAGCAAAAAUAAAAAAACAAGUACUUAUUUCAAUAAUAAAAAAUAAAAUAUUAUCACAUUUUUACAAAAUAUCAGACUUAAAAAAUAAAUACAUUACAAUUUUACUACUAAAGGUCACUAAGGUGUUACCUUUUCUUUUCCAAUUAGUGAAAUAGCUGUCUGUUUUGGUACUGGCAAACUCUAAUGGCAUAAAUGUUUAAUUUAAAAUCAGCAUUUCAAAAAUCAUAACUUAUAUUAAAUAUAUAAAAUUGUAUAAUAUAUGGCAUUUUCUACAAAUAUACUGUUAUUAAAAACUUACACUUAUUUUAGUAGUUUUCAAUGCCAUUGGUUUUGUUAUUUUCUCAAUUGUACCUUCAGACUAAAAUUAAAUAUAAAUUAUAAGAAUAGUAUUAAAAAAAAGGUAUGGAUUAUCUUACUUUAGAUUUAUUAGAU